AUGACGCCGCCAACAAUGACUCGCCGUCUCGCCCACGGAGACGCCGCCACCGCCGCUUCCACCACCGACGGCCCUGCCUCCCCCAGCGGCCCUCCCCUACUACCGCACUACCCCGGCAGACCACCCCGCCCCGCCUCUACCGUCCUGCCUCCCACCCCGCCCCGCCCUGCCACGCCCCCGGCGAGUGGUGGUCACAAUAAGAAAAGAGGGGCCUCUUCUCCUCUCUCGCGUCCGAUUGCCUCGAGCUCGGGUGUCGGCGGCGGAGGGGCGAACGGGGGCGUCGGGGAUGGACCGACGACGCUGGAUGAGCUGUACCACAUCAACGUCGUGCCGGCCGAGCUGCACUUCAAGUUUCGCAAGGAGCUCCAGGGCCUCCGUGUCGGCAUCAACUUCGAGUUCUACAAUCUAGAGGUGAAUGAUUUUGAGGCAAAGGUGGUUCGGAAGCCCCUGGACUUCGACCGGAAGUGGCAGUUCCAGUACAAGCCCAUCAGCGGUGACAUACAACUGCUUUCCAAGAAGUUUGAAGUUAUAAAGUACGUGAACCUUCAGGAACUGGUUACAUAUUAG